AUGCCUGCUGAAAUCAAUGACAUUGCUAUGCGCGCCUCCGUGGCUGCCAUUAACAAGGGCUCCAGCAUCCGCGUCUAUGAGUCGGAUGUAUUUGGUGGAAUCCGGGAGGCAAUGUACGAGGGCAAAUGGACUGGUGGCGGUAGCCGCAACGUCAUCGCCAAGGGCAAGAUUGGCUCUCCCGUCGCCGCAACCUCUCUUGGCCUGGACUUUAUCCGCGUCUAUUACAUCGGCGAGGACAACAAGGCCAAGGAGAUUUGCUACGACAAGAACGGCAAGCAUUGGUACGACGGGGCUCUGAACAACAGGUUCAAGUUGGCGCCUUACUCUGGCUUGGCUGCCAUGUUCCUCGAAACAUCCGAGGAUCUCAAAAUGAUCCGCCUCUAUGGCCAGCUCGAGGACGACAACCACAUCCAGGAAUACUGCUAUGACACCAAGCAUGGCUGGACUGUCGGCGCCAACCUCGGCGAGGCCAUUCCCGGCUCCUCCAUCGCAGUCGCCACCUGGGGCACGUCACACAAUAUCCGCGUCUACAUGCAGGACACGAGCCUCAACAUUGUCGAAAAGGUCUACGACGGCUCGCGCUGGCAGACGGGCGGUCUGCACGUCAAGGAUGCCACGCCUCGCGCCGCACUGGGCGUCACGUCGUGGAUGGAGCACAGCAACGUGUCGAUCCGCCUGUACUACGGCUCCGGCUCCCCGGGCAACGUCAUCAAGGAGAAGGGCUGGGAUCACAGCACGGGCUGGUACGACGGCGACUUCGCGCAGGGCUCUAUUCCUGCGUCCCACGUCGCUGCCAUCCCCAAGCCCGUGCUGCGCGUGUACAUCCAGAACGGGACAAAGUUCACGGCUGUGACGGAGUUUGCAUGGGAGGGCAGCUGGAAGGUCGGCCAGCAGGCUCUGCCCCCGGCCUAA